UGAAUGCUAUAAUCUCUGCAGAAUCCUAAGGUAAGAAAAAUUAUAGAGGAUGUUAUUGGAGGUUGUGAUUAAUAGACAGCUACUGUUCUUGAUAUGUCUUUUGUACAUCUUUACACUUGUGAAGAAGGAAAACAUAAAUUUCAUCAUUGUAGAGUAGAAGGAAUUUUAGUAUUUUUGAUUGAUAGAAGGGAAGGAAAAGUACUUAAUAUUUUAAUUCAAUAGGCAUUUUAUUUAAGAAUACUUCAUCCAGCUUCAUUAGAAGUUAGAUUCUCUGUCGAACUAUAUUUUGGAUUUAUUGAUAGUUGGGCUCCAGUAAGAGGAUUUACUAAUUUUUAUGCAUUCCCAUUUAGCAAAGGAUUUGUUGGGAUGCUUUUUAUAAAUGAAUAAGAAGCAUAAAGGGUUACAUAAAAAAUUAAAUAAUAUGCCCCAACCAAAAAAGAUCUUGAAAAACUGAACUUGUAGAUUAAAGAAGAGGAAAAGCUUUUAAAGGCUUAUUAACAACAAGAAAAAGAAAAAGACACAUUUUCUUAUUAAUUUAAAGCAUUUUUUGGUAAAGAAAAAGUUGAAAAAGUAUAAAAUAAAAAUUAAUUAUUAAGCCAAUUUAAAUUGGGACACCAUAAAAUGUUAAAAGAAAUACCCUUUCUUUGAAUAUAGAAACUGGUGAAAUUGAUAUUGACAAAUUGCCACCUGUAUUAAUAGAAGUCUUUUUAAAUGCAGGAAUUACAAAAAAAGAUCUUCAAGAUAAAGCCAAAGCAAAAGAGAUUUUUAAAACAGUAGCUAGAUUUAGUGAAAGAUCUUAAUUAAAUACAGUAUCUUAAUUUUAUCUAUCUAGCCAAUUCAAUCAAAUUAGUAAAAUAAAAAUUAGACAAAACCAUAAUAAUAAUAAGUGACAAAUCAACCUUCUCAAAAAUCAAAUCCAGUUUAACCAUAAUAAUAAUAAAAUAAGCCUUAAACAAUAAGUACAAAUAAAGGUGCACCUCCUCCACCGCCUCCACCACCUCCACCUCCACCUCCUCCACCACCUCCUCCCCCACCUCCUCCUCCUCCUCCUAUUCGUUAAGGUGGCAACAAACCUGUGGUAUCAUAGCCUCCCUCUCAAACAUAACAGUAAAAACCAUAAAGCCAAGCUUAAAAUUAAUUAACAAACCCUCCUACUUAAACUUAAUAAAAACCAUAACCUCAUUCUAUUUUAAAGAGCUAGGCUGAUUAAAAAAAUCUAGCUAAAGAAAUUGAAAAUUCAACUGGUUAUAAAGUUUAAGGUCAUGAUAUUAAGAUGGAUAUUGGUAAUAUGAAUGCUAAGGAGAAGGAGGAUCUAUCAAUUAUGCUUGAGGUUAAUGUGAAAAAUAGAAGAAUAACUUAAUUUGCAAAAAGAAAGAGUAGUGAUGAAAGUGGUUGGAGUGAUGAUUGA